GCACUUGGUAAUACUGGCUGUCAGAAUAUUUCACAACGAUUAUUAUUUUUUUAUUUCAAUUAUAUAGAAAGGAAUCAAUAAUAUUAGUAUCACUUAAAAAUCCUCCCGAGGCACUGUUUGUGAUUGUGUUUACUGGAAAAGACACAAGAAAGUCAUCAGGUUAAAUAACCAAAUUAUUUUGUCCGCUUUACUGGAACAGAAUAACAUAAAAAUCAGCGAAAUGGCUUAUCGUUUAAUAAAUUCAGCACAACUUAUGGAACGAUGCAUCCGUCGGUCAUAUCUAAGUCAUUCUGCAGCAUCUGCAAAGGAGAUGUCGCAUUCGCAGGGCGUUGUUUUUUUGGAACAAGUUCCUUUAGUUAGGUAUCUACUGGAGCAAAUUAGAUAUUUUUGCAAAAAGCCGCCAAAGGGUUUUGAGAAGUAUUUCGACGAAGGUAAAAAACCUGGAGCUAAAGCUGCGGCAGGUGAGGAUAGCGCAAAGAAAGGUGAUGCCCCUGCGCAACCUUCCAAAAGCCUCCCUCCAAGUCAAACGCAGUCAACACCACAACAACAGCAGCAGCGAUCUGACUGGAAUUUUGGUAUGUUUACGAAUAAACAACAGCAGGGCGGUCGGCAGGGCGGUAAUAGAAAUGUGGGCGAUAGUGGUUCCGGUGAUCGUGAAAAAUGGAUUAUUCUUGGUGCGAUUGCUGCAGCGGCAUUAGUGGGCAGUUUUGCUUUCUUUGAAGUCGGUUACAAAGAAAUAGCUUGGAAGGACUUUGUCAAUAAUUACCUCAACAAGGGAGUGGUAGAAAAAUUGGAAGUAAUUAACAAAAAAUGGGUGCGGGUUCGCUUACUGCCAGGUCAUAGUAAGGAUGCUGGUGGGAUGUUAUGGUUUAAUAUUGGCAGUGUUGACUCGUUUGAGCGAAAUUUGGAGAACGCUCAAAUUGAGCAGGGUUUUGAGCCAGCAAACUUUAUACCCGUCAUUUACCGAACCGAAGUGGAGGCUUCUAGUUUAACCGGUUUACUGCCAACGCUAUUGAUUAUAGGUUUUCUAGUUUAUAUGAUGCGCCGAUCCGCGGAUAUGAUGGGAAGUGGCCGAGGACGUAAAGGCGGCGGUUUGUUUGGUGGUGUUAUGCAAUCAACAGCUAAAUUAAUUAAUUCCAAUGAAAUCGAUGUACGCUUUAGAGACGUGGCCGGAUGCGAGGAGGCCAAAAUAGAAAUUAUGGAGUUUGUAAAUUUCUUGAAAAAUCCUCAGCAAUACAUUGACUUGGGUGCAAAGAUACCUAAAGGUGCAAUGUUAACUGGUCCCCCAGGGACUGGCAAAACCCUACUUGCAAAGGCGACUGCAGGAGAAGCUAAUGUGCCUUUUAUCACUGUCUCUGGUUCCGAAUUCUUAGAAAUGUUUGUUGGCGUUGGUCCGUCGAGAGUGCGUGAUAUGUUUGCAUUGGCCCGUAAAAAUGCUCCUUGCAUUCUCUUUAUUGAUGAAAUAGACGCGGUAGGCCGUAAACGUGGCGGUAAGUCAUUUGGUGGCCACUCGGAGCAGGAGAAUACCUUGAAUCAACUCCUAGUUGAAAUGGAUGGCUUUAAUACAACAACUAAUGUGGUAGUUUUAGCCGCAACAAAUCGUAUAGAUAUCCUAGAUAAAGCUUUGUUACGACCUGGCCGUUUCGAUAGGCAAAUAUUUGUACCGGCUCCCGACAUUAAAGGCAGAGCCAGCAUAUUUAAAGUACAUUUGCAGCCUUUGAAAACUGAUUUGGAUAAACAAGAUUUGUCACGUAAAAUGGCUGCUUUAACUCCAGGUUUCACAGGUGCCGAUAUUGCAAAUGUAUGCAAUGAAGCAGCGUUAAUAGCAGCAAGAGAUUCAAAUGAAACCAUUAUAUUGAAAAAUUUCGAACAGGCAAUUGAACGCGUUAUUGCUGGUAUGGAAAAGAAAACAAACGUUCUGGCUCCUGAGGAAAAGAAAACUGUCGCGCAUCAUGAGGCUGGCCAUGCUGUCGCCGGUUGGUUCUUGGAGCAUGCUGAUCCUCUGUUAAAAGUAUCUAUUAUACCACGUGGCAAAGGUUUGGGUUAUGCCCAAUAUUUGCCGAAAGAUCAGUAUUUACUUAGCAAAGAGCAACUUUUCGAUCGCAUGUGCAUGACUUUGGGCGGGCGUGUGGCCGAAGAGCUAUUCUUUAAUCGUAUUACUACCGGAGCGCAAGAUGAUCUCAAAAAAAUAACUGAUAGUGCAUACGCUCAAAUUGUUCGAUUUGGUAUGAACGAGCGCGUCGGUCAAGUCAGUUUCGAUGCCGGCAUUCAAGGUGAUCCGGUCUUCACGAAGCCCUAUUCCGAAGAAACCGCUCAAAUGAUUGAUAACGAAGUGCGUAACUUGAUCAAAAGAGCCCAUGAGGUAACCACGGUAUUGCUAACAAAACAUAAGGAAGAUGUAGCAAAGGUUGCGCAACGUUUACUUAAGAAUGAGGUCCUGAGUCGAAACGAUAUGAUUGAACUGCUUGGUCCACGACCUUUCAAAGAAAAAUCCACCUAUGAAGAGUUUGUUGAAGGUACGGGCUCAUUAGACGAAGAUACUACUUUGCCGAAAGGCCUACAAGACUGGAAUAAACAAAAGACGCCCGAAACUCCUACACAGCCUGCUAAGCCAGUACCCACGACAUAGAUAACUAGGCGAUUUAUAACCUGUUUGCAACAAUUUCUUUUUCACCUCUGUAAUUAAUUUAUUUGUUUAUAUCAAUUCUGUUAUGUAAGUUCUCACUUUCUGCAUUCAUGUAUGUGUAAGUGCACACGAAACACUCGUGCAGAUGGAUGACAAUAAUGUUGAAGCAGCAAAUACUAGU